AUGUUGUCUCGUAUUCCUAAAGUAAUUACCAUUACAUCUACACGUCCAUUAUCAGGAUGGUUUAAGGAUGUUCCUAUGGGACCACCAGAUGCUAUUCUUGGUGUAACUGAGGCCUACAAAAAAGAUAAAAAUGAGAAGAAAAUCAACUUGGGAGUUGGUGCUUAUCGUGAUGAUCAAGGAAAACCAUGGGUAUUACCAUCUGUUAGAGCUGCUGAAAAAAGAAUUGUAGAGAAGGAACUUGAUAAAGAGUAUGCUGGAAUUGCUGGAUUACCAGAAUUUACCAAGAAAGCUGCUCAACUUGCUUUUGGAGAGGAUAGCACUGUACUUAGUGAAAAAAGAAAUGCUACUGUUCAAAGUAUCUCUGGUACUGGAGCUUUAAGAGUUGGUUCUAAUUUUUUAUCAGCUUUUCAUUCUGGACCUAAAGUUUGUUAUCAACCUGCUCCAACAUGGGGAAAUCAUGUUCCAAUUUUUAAACAUGCUGGAGUUGAAGUUAAACAAUAUCGUUAUUAUGAUAAAAAUACUUGUGGUUUUGAUGAGAAAGGAUGUUUAGAGGAUAUAUCAAAAAUUCCAAAAGGUUCUAUUAUCCUUUUACAUGCUUGUGCUCACAAUCCAACUGGUGUUGAUCCAACAUUUGAACAAUGGCAAAAAAUUGAAGAAGUUGUUAGAUCAAAAGAAUUAUUUGUAUUCUUUGAUAUGGCAUACCAAGGUUUUGCUUCUGGUGAUAUUAUUAAGGAUGCUCAAGCAGUUAGAUACUUUGCUAAGAAAGGACAUAAUCUUUGUUUGGCUCAAUCUUUUGCCAAAAAUAUGGGACUUUAUGGUGAGAGAGUUGGUGCUUAUUCAAUUAUUUGCCCAGAUAAAGAUGAAGCAGACAGAGUUAUGUCCCAGUUGAAGAUUCAAAUAAGGCCUGUUAUUUCAAAUCCCCCAAUUCAUGGAGCACGUAUAGCAACAGAAAUCUUGACAGAUCCUUCUCUUAAAGAACAAUGGUUAACAGAUGUCAAAACAAUGGCUGACCGCAUUAUUUCAAUGAGAAAACAACUUAAAAGUUUGUUAGCAAAGGAAGGAAGUUCUCGUAACUGGGAACAUAUUACAAAUCAAAUUGGCAUGUUCUGUUAUACGGGAAUAACUCCAGAACAAGUUAGUAAACUUACAAACGAAUAUUCAAUUUAUCUUACAAAAGAUGGCCGUAUUUCGGUAGCUGGUGUUUCAUCAAAAAAUGUUGAAUAUUUGGCUCAUGCUCUUCAUCAAGUUACCAAAUAA